GCGCACUUCACGGACUAACGGAAUCGUCGUAAUCGUUGGUACGGAGCUGCGGCCCCCCACAUCACCCGCACCACGGCACAUACUGUUCUCCGGGGCGCGACGUUUAGAUCUGUGAAAAAAGAUGAAUUUGGCUGAGAUUUGUGACAAUGCAAAGAAAGGGAGAGAAUAUGCACUUCUUGGAAAUUAUGAUUCUUCAAUGGUAUAUUAUCAGGGGGUAAUACAGCAGAUUCAGAGACAUUGUCAGUCAGUCAGAGACCCAGCUGUCAAAGGCAAAUGGCAACAGGUUCGACAGGAAUUGCUAGAAGAAUAUGAACAAGUUAAGAGUAUUGUCAAUACCUUAGAAAGUUUUAAGAUAGACAAGCCCCCAGAUUUUCCUGUGUCAUAUCAAGAUGAACCAUUCCGAGAUCCUGCGGUUUGGCCUCCUCCUGUUCCAGCAGAGCACAGGGCUCCACCUCAGAUAAGGCGCCCAAAUCGAGAAGGGAGACCCCUGAGGAAAGACAUACCAGGAGUAGGGCCUCGGGGACCUGUAGGCAGAGCACACCCUAUAUCAAAGAGCGAAAAACCCACCUCCAGUAGGGACAAGGAUUUUAGAGCAAGAGGGAGAGACGACAAGGGAAGGAAGAAUCUGCCAGAUGGUUCAGGUGAUGGGGAAAUUCAAAAGUUUGAUGGUGCUGGAUAUGAUAAAGAUCUAGUUGAAGCUCUUGAAAGGGACAUAGUAUCCAGAAAUCCUAGCAUUCAUUGGGAUGACAUAGCUGAUUUAGAAGAAGCAAAAAAAUUACUAAGGGAGGCUGUUGUUCUCCCAAUGUGGAUGCCUGACUUUUUCAAAGGGAUAAGACGUCCUUGGAAGGGUGUGUUAAUGGUUGGACCCCCUGGCACUGGUAAAACUAUGCUCGCAAAAGCUGUUGCGACUGAGUGUGGUACAACAUUCUUCAAUGUUUCCUCCUCUACUCUGACAUCUAAAUAUAGGGGUGAAUCUGAGAAGUUGGUCCGCCUGCUGUUUGAAAUGGCUAGAUUUUAUGCUCCUACAACAAUCUUCAUUGAUGAGAUUGAUUCCAUCUGUAGCCGCAGAGGCACUUCUGAUGAACAUGAGGCAAGUCGAAGAGUCAAGUCUGAACUCCUCGUUCAGAUGGAUGGGGUUGGAGGAGCUCUAGAAAAUGAUGACCCUUCUAAAAUGGUUAUGGUGUUGGCUGCCACCAACUUCCCGUGGGACAUUGAUGAAGCUUUGCGAAGGAGAUUAGAAAAAAGAAUUUAUAUACCUCUACCAACUGCAAAAGGCAGAGCAGAGCUACUUAAGAUCAAUCUUCGUGAAGUUGAAUUAGAUCCUGACAUUCAGUUAGAAGAGAUAGCAGAGAAGAUUGAAGGCUAUUCUGGGGCUGACAUAACGAAUGUUUGCAGGGAUGCUUCUCUAAUGGCAAUGAGACGGCGCAUCCAUGGCUUAAGCCCAGAAGAGAUACGAGCCCUUUCUAAGGAAGAGCUGCAGAUGCCUGUUACCAAAGGGGAUUUUGAGUUGGCGCUGAAGAAAAUCUCUAAGUCUGUGUCUGCUGCAGACCUAGAGAAGUAUGAAAAGUGGAUGCUUGAAUUUGGGUCUGCUUAAUUUUAAUAUUGUUUUCUCUUUGUUCUGUUGAGGCUUAUAUUUUGUUUGUAAAAUGCAAAAGAAAUUACUAGAAAUCUUUUAAAAGAUUUGAAUUUUUCAUAGGGGAGAUUCCUCUUUCAACAUCUUUUCAUUCAAAGGCAAAAAACACAGACUGUGAAGAAUAGAAGAUGUGGUUGAAGGAAAAGAAGAAUCUCCGGAGAAAGUGAGAUCUUCUGGCGUGGUUGGGCCAUGGGCAGGUGCUCCCAGAUUUUACUCCUUGACUUUCAGAUUGCUGGUCAGUUUGUCAAGGAGGCCGAGGAGGUGAAAGAACUAACGAAGUAUUUUGUCUUCCUUUGGAAGAAAACUGUUUGCACUUAAUGUAGAGGGAACUUUCUGUCUAAUUUGCUUCUCUGUGCCUCAUGGAGCUUAGGCAUUUCUCUUUACUACAUUAAAAGUACAUAGGGAACUAAUCUAAUGAGUUAGCUUUUAAAACUGGAAAUGUGUAUCAAGGUAGGAAGUCCUGAUUUUGUUGCUGAAAGAAGUUUCUGAGUCAGUUUUUGAUGGAAGCAGUGAGUUUCAAUCUCCAUCUCUGUUGUCUUUCCACUGUAGGCUUCCACUUUUUCUCAAAGCUUGUAAGUAUCAGAGUAUAGCUUUGUUGGCUGUCCCUGCCAGAACAAUAUAACUAUUUUUUAGGUCUGCUUUAGGGCUUUAGUUAGAAAUAUCUUUCCACACCCUGUUCUUUGAAUCAUCAAAUUAAGAGUACAUUUUCAUGUUCCUACUUUUCUUGCCAAUGCUUAUCAAAUUGAAUAUGAAAAGGGUAUGAAGGAAAUUUUGGAUCCUCCAAACAUAAUAUACAGUUAUUCUUAAUAUCUAGAUUUAUUUUUACUUCCACUUCUUUCAUUGUAUUCAGACAAAUGCAUUCUUCAUUUUCUUCGCUUCCACCAUUGUUUGAAUUCUGAUGUUAGAUUUUAAUUGGCAGUCCAGACUAUUCCAUCAUUUUCAUGAAUUUUCCACGCACAUUUGUGGCUACCUACCUCAAAGGGUUCUUUGUGCUUUGUUCAGCCUUAAUGCUCUGUAUUAAUGUGAGUUGUUGUUUUUUUUUUUUUUGUGGGGUUGGGGGGGGAAGGAAAAGAUAACAAUCAAAACCUGUGUUUUUAUUGGUGUAGAGAACUCCUAGUGAGGAAAUUCCCUCUUCCAGUGCAGAUCUGCAAUCGUUUUGCAAUUUAUAGUUAGAAAGGUGCCUGGAGUCACUGAGAGGUUAAGUUCCUUUCCUAGGGUCACAGAGCUGUUAUGUUUAAGAGGCAGAACUUGAACCCAGGUCUUACUGACUCUUUUGUUGGCUCUUCACUACACUAUGCUGACUUUGACUUUUUUUUUUGGAUGCUAGCCCUACUCAAAUCAUCAAGGUGUAGAGGUGAUGGCAGAGCGCAGGCUCUGGAAAUUUGUUUCAAGCUGGAAAGGCUUCAGGUAUGGUCCCAGUAAGAGGCUUGACCUGCUGUCAAAGGCCACCCCAGCUAGGUGGAGAUAAGAAUUGUUUGGCCAUGAUGAACCAUGGAGCAGGUUGACAUACAAAAUGACUGUCAAGCCUGUGUGGCUCCAUUCUGCCUGUCUAGUCAGAUUAACGCAAAGGGGGAAGAGAGUGCCAAGAAUCACAUAGUUCUUAGACUGUUUACACAUAAUCAUUUUACUCAACAGUUGUUUUAAUCUGCAGUCCUUGUCUAAUGACAAGGCAGUUGUUAGACCCUGGAAGAAUGGAACCACAUCCAUAUUGACAUUCUCACUGGCAGAAAGAAGUCACAUCUAAAUGCAAGAGGAACUUUACGUUCUCUUGGAUAGUUCUGCAAGGGAGUUGACAGAUUUGGCUUUGUCUUGUGCCCAAAGGUAAUAAGAAAUGUAAUUUUAUGAAAUACUUGGGCUUUUCAUCUUAUAAUACUCAUAAUAAAUAUAAGCAAGCAGACCACCAUGAAGUAAUAGAGAAAUUUCAUAAAGGACUUGACAAGAUUCUCCACAUUAAGUUAGUGUCUCUCUUGAUUCUUGGUAACUUCUGUGCAAAAGUGGAUUAAGAGAAGAUGAUUAAAAGUGCUGGAACAUAUGAUUCAGACUCAAGAAAUGAAAGAGACCAACAAUCUAUAACUUAUCAGAAGCCUUGUGUUUCUUCUUCAUGAAUAUCCUUUUGAAGAAGACAGUUGUAAUAUGACAGACAUGAUGAACACCAAACAACCUAGAAAAAAUAAAAUUGACUAUCUCUUAACAGAAAGAAAAUGCCUAGUUGUCAGUCACUUCAGAAUCACUUGUCUGUGAAGCAACAAUAAUAACAGCUAGUUAAAGGAAAGGUCAAAAUCAAUAACCAAUUAGAAAAAUGAUAAGGAUGAAAAGGUACAAAUACAAUCCUAGUAGCUCCAACCUGAGCUGUUUAAACAAACUGUUGCCUGAAAAUGAAAAGGGCAGUGGUAAAAACUAAGACUUUUCUCUGUCACCAUUUAUUGCAGAAGAUUAACUGAUACAAAGUCAUCACUAUAAUAAGAAAAACAAAAGAACCCAGAAAUAUUUCAGCCAGGAAACACUUGAUCUCUUUGCUAAGUUGGGGGGAAUGGCAUCUAAAGGCAACACCAUUUUAGCAUAUGAGCCUGUUUGUAAAACACUACGGAGAUGAUGAUGGAAGAUUACAAGUAUCACUUCAAAAUAUUCCAAAAAUCACUUGAGAGGGGAAAGGAGCCCACAGGAAGCAUGACAUUAUACCCAGCUAUGCCAAAGAGAUCAUUUAAAAAGCGUUUGGAUUCUGCCACCUUAGUGCCUCAUAUAUUAUGUUAGUAGCAUUGGAACUAAGAUAAAGUUGGGAAGAGCAGGUUAACCUGACCAAGUACAUAGAGAAUAAAUUUGUGCUAUGAUAGCAUAGUAUUGAAAACACUAAAGAAUCAAUUUACAGGAUAUUAAGAUAUCUCAAAAGGGGAAAAAUGCCAAAAGAAUGGAAAAACAACAUGCUGUUACCACAUUGAAGGGAAGACAUCUAUAACUACCAAUAUGCCUACUCUUUUAUCUCUGUGAAUUCUUUUAGAAUGGUCUGUGCAUGAAUUGAGCAUUCUCUUGAUGAGAACAUGAGAGAGGAAGAGGAAAGCUAUUUUGCAGACAUUUUCCAUAGUCGACUAUAUCUUCCCAGUUAACAAAAUUGACUCAGAUGUAGGAAAUGUAAAAUCCCAUGGUGUUAGUUGCAUAUUAAUUGUAAAAAUUUUUACUUCUGAGCAAAAUUUCGAGCAAGUACAAUCUUAAAAGGCCUCCUCAAAUGAAUUUAUUUAUGUAUGUUAAGAUCGUAUAAAAUUCCACAUCAGAUGUGGUCACAAAGAUAACUUUGUUUGCUGAUGUGCUAAGUAUCAGUGUCAAGUGAGGCACAAAAUAGGGAGCCAGAUGCACACAAAAGGCAGCAUGGAGUGAAUCCUGUACAGGUUCCCAUAAAAGAGAUUGUGCCUUUUAUUGGAGAGGUUCUCUGCAUCUUCCUCUUUGGAGCUGACGUCGUGCUGAUUGCGUGGAGCCCUGGGUCACAAUAGGACCUUCUCAGGGAGAUCUGUAUUUACUCUAUCCACUCCAGAUAAACAGAGUGAGUAAGGAGCACAGGUUGUUCCUCUUGGUCAUAUGUUUUGAUAGCUCAAAGGUAGGCCCAGACCUGAAAGGAGAACAGAUUGGGCUGGAUCACAUAGAGAAAGUUUGCAAUGCUUAGUGAUGCCAAGCUGCCCACUGCUACAAAAGCUCAUUUUUAAAAUGCUAGUAUUCAUACAAUAAUGCCGUGUGGCGAUAAGGCAUAAAACCUUAUGACUUCAGAAGAAUAAAAAUUACUGGUGAGCAAGGGUCAAUGAAAAGAUAUAAAUGGAUUGCAGCACAUUACCAACACUAACAUGUAUGA